UAAAGGACAGGUGCAAGGAUCCGUUACACACUAGCUGGUCUCAGUGAGCGAGUCUGAAGACACAACUAGAAAAUUUACCAUCUGUUAUCUAAAGGAUAUUCUGGUUGGGCUAACCUGGGCAAUAGUCCAGAGAGAACAUUCAGUCAGGGACAGAUCACGAGAGAGCACCAGGAGGUACUGAACAAUACCAAGGCGUAUCCCUGAACAAGACUGAAAGAUUGUACGAGCAACAGCUAAAGGCUCUGAACUGGAAAGAAGUAAAUAGAGGAACUCAUUCAACAAGAGAAAAUUAUUCCCUAACUACAGAACACUCUUCAGUGGUGAGUGCUCAUCUUCUACAAAAGGGGAAAAAAGUAAGAGGGAACCAUUUCCAAAGGAGUGUAGCACCUCAGUUGCGCUUACACUCAAAAUAAUUAUUUUGUCGCUAAAUUGAUACUUCUCAAUUGGCAUCAUGUCUAUGGGACUUGAGAUCCUAGGUGUGGCCCUGUCCAUUAUCGGCUGGCUUGGUACUGUUGUCUCCUGUGCUCUUCCUAUGUGGAAGGUGACUGCCUUCAUCGGCAACAACAUUGUGGUGGCCCAGAUUAUCUGGGAAGGACUGUGGAUGAAUUGUGUAGUACAAAGCACUGGGCAAAUGCAGUGUAAAGUCUAUGAUUCUCUGCUGGCGCUUCCUCAAGAUCUUCAAGCUGCUCGAGCCUUGAUGGUUAUCUCCAUCGUCAUAGCUGUACUUGGAGUCCUCAUCUCCAUCAUUGGAGCGAAGUGCACCAACUGUGUUCAAGAUGAGGCAGCAAAGGCCAAGAUCAUGAUUGUAUCUGGGGUUAUCUUUAUUCUUUCAGGACUCAUGACACUCAUCCCUGUCUCCUGGUCAGCAAAUACAAUUAUUCGUGAUUUCUAUAACCCUCUAGUUGUGGAUGCUCAAAAGAGGGAGUUGGGGGCAUCAAUGUACAUUGGGUGGGCAGCUUCAGCUCUUCUAAUGCUUGGAGGUGCCAUGCUAUGCUGCACUUGCCCACCAAAACAGGAGAAAUACCCUGCAUCAAGAGUGGCUUAUUCAGCUGCAAGGUCCACGAAUCCUGGUUAUGAUCGGAAAGACUACGUCUAAACUGAAAACUGCUCUUCCACAGAUUAUAAAACUUUCAUGUAUCAAGUGAGCAGAGUGGCUUCUGACAUGCAAAGAAGAUGAAGCUAAAUAUCACUGACUACUAAGUCCAACAUGUGCAAAGCUUCUGUAAGAUGUAGUGUUUUACAUAACAUAUAUAUUAUAGACAGCAUUGUGUGUGUGAGUGCAUGUACGUGAAUAUGCAAGGUCCAUGAAUGGUUGUUCUUCAUUGUCAUUGUGGCAUUGGUAGAUUACUCUUGGGCUGGGAGGAGCAGUCUCUCCUGGCAUAGAUGAGGUGGCCUAAUUUAUGUAACUCUUUUCCAUAGUAAGAUGCUUACUUAAUGCAUUUUGUCCCACUGAAAGUCAAUAGGCUACAGCUGCAGGGUCAGCUGGGAAACUCACCUGCAGAUACCAUAAGUAACAACUUCAUACAGUUAAAGUGUUGCUGUACUUGAAAAAAACAUUUGAUAUGUUACAGCGACAUACCAAAGGUUUUGAUCGUGGGGGACUGAGUGCUGAGACCUCCACCGAUUGCUAGAGCGAGGGGAAAAAUAGGCUUCCAUUGAGCGCUAUCACUCCUUGCUGCAGGAUAGGCUCAAUAGAAAGUCUAUGAGCCCAUCUCAAGUCCAUCUCCUGCAGCAGGUAGAAGAAGCUUUUCUCUCCUCAUCCUAGCGAUCAGGGGGGGUCUCUGCACUCGGACCUUCACCGAUCAAAACCUUUGCUAUGUCCAUAUGACAUAUCAGAAGUUUUUUUUGUUAAGGUGUACUUCAACUGUAGACAGGGAAAGUAUUUGUCUUAGGCCUCUUGCACACAAACGCAGUUUGCGGUCCUCAACGUCUGUGUGGUGGCCAGGACGGAUCAAGACCCAUUCAACUUGAAUGGGUCCGUGAUCCGUCCGCACCACAAAAAAACUGAACAAGUUCUAUUUUUUUGCGCUGCGGAGGCACGGACAGAAACACCACAGAAGCACUCCGUAGUGUCUCCGUGGGGUUCCGAUCCGUGCUUCCGUUCCGCAUCUCCAUGACUGCGGAACCAUUCAAGUGGUCCGCAUCUGUGCCCUAUGCGGGCCUCAAUAUGGCCACGGGCACACAACGUUCGUGUGCAAGAGGCUUUAUAAUCAGUGAGAACAAUGUAUAUAGCUUUUUUAUUUGUUAUAUAUGCAGAUAUUAUUUCUAUUAAACAGCUUGAGAUUUAUACCUUAAAAUGCAUCUUAUUUAUCCAACUGCACAGACUUAUCAAUUCUAUCAUUUUUAUAUCUUGUAAAUAGUUAUGUUGGUAAUAAACCAAGAGUUUCUGCAUGCUGACAUCCACUACUGUUAGACAUCUACAAUUUGCCAAAGCGUACAUGUAGACAUGGUUACAAAUAGAUGCUUAUGGCAAAUGCAUGUUGUAGGGCUACGUAUAACUUUGCAGCCUUCUUUAGAAGUAUUAAAGGUCCGAUGUACUAUUUCAAGCAUCUGUAAUUAAAGAUUAAAUUAUAGACUUUACUGAUACUAUCGGUGAAUACUUCUUGGCCUCUGGUUCCUAUUGUCCUUUGUCCACUCCCUUCUCCUCCCUCCUUCUUGGUCUCUCUAAAACAUUAAUGCUCUGCUGGAAUUUGACCCUUUCCAUCUUGCUUUCAAUUCCCUUCUAGUUACUGUUUGUGUUUUUACAUCUAGGAAGUUUUUCAAAGCUUUGCCCAUGUUUUUCCUACAGCUUUAUCAAUUAUCUUGGGAUAAAUCUGGUAAUAAAUGAGAUCCUUGUUAAUAAAUAACAUUUCAAGCAUUCUCCUUUACUAGAGGAGCUGUUGACACAUUCACAGUUUAGCAAUUCACUGCCAGAAUGACCUCCACACAUACAAGUUGCUGGCUACUUUGGAAAGUCAGGGUCAUCACGUUGUCAUAUUAAGUUACAUUCAUUUACUUUAGUCAAGAAUCCGCUGUUAUGGAACUACCCGUACACUGGGAAUUUCCAGUUACUCAUAUGGAUAGCCAUACACAUUAGGUUAAUUUCGGCAGUUUGGAAGCGUCCUGAAAGAUUCGGCUGUUGGAUUUCAACAUGUUCUCAGAGGAAAUAAGCUGGCACCAGAGGAAUCUGGCAGUCGCUUACUUCCCGCUCCCCAUUCAGAACACAUGCAUACUCAGCCGAGGUUUAAAGAAGUUGUGCAGUGCUGAAAUAUUGAUGACCUCUCCUCAGGAUAGGUCAUCAAUAUCAGAUUGUUGGAGGUCUGAGUCACAGCACACCGCCACGACGCACGGGUAAUUUUGAAGCGGAAGCAGUGCUCGCACGGGGGCUGCUACCCAUUCAAACAGCUGAUUGGUGGGGGUGCCACGAGUCACACUCCCAACAAUCUGAUAUUGAUGACGUAUAAUGAGGACAGAUCAUCAAUAUUUUAGCGCUGAUCAACCCUUUUAACUGUCGGCCAAAUAAGCCUUCGGGCAGCUAUCUAUGGGUGAAGACCAGGAAUAUAAUUUGAAUGAAGAAUUUACUUUAGGGAUUUCAUAUUUGCUUUUUCCCUGUGUGCUUUUGAUAGGGGCAGACUGAUAGGUGUACAGGUCUUAUUAACUGAAUAUUUACUUAUGUAUUAUCAGCUCAGGACACAAAAACCUUCUAGAGAUAUUUGAUUCAGAUAUUUCCAAUAAAUCCUAAGCUUUAGGGUACAGCCACACGGUCAGGUUUCCUGAUUCAGUUUUGGAAGUCAAAAUCAGUAGUGGAUCAUAAAAGGAGAGAAAAUAUAAAGGGCCGACUUCUCUUCUGAUUUUUGUUUUUUAUUCGCUCCUAGUUUUGGCUUCCAUAACUGCAUCAGGAAACCUGACCACGUGGCCGUACCCCUACACUAGCACUGGUGCAACAGUACAUAUCUACAGUUAGCAAGGUAGUAGCUGCAACAUUACAACACUUGAGUUUUUAUGUGUCUUUCCUCCCCCAUGAAUAUUAAAACAUUGUAUUUGACAGUUGUGUUUUUAUAUUUCAGUGUUGAUGCAUAAUAGGAGGAAUCUUAUAAAAGCCUCAUAAACUAGCACUUCAUAUAUAUGGCUGCAAAAAAAAAGAUAGUCUGCGCCUCAAGGUAAACCUGAAGAAGGCAGAUUUUUCUUGUGUACCGAGCAUUUCAAGGCUUACUGGUCAUUCUCUUCAUCUGCAAUGUUUCUGAAAUUAAUUUAGGAUCCACUUCGGCUUUUAGCUAAAAGAAAAAUCUCUAAAAGUGGUGUCUCACUUAGUUUUUUUCUGUAGGUUUUUUUUGAGUUUUUUUUUACCAAUUGGCAUUUUUUGAGACUUUUUGUAUGCCUUGUGUUUUUUAUAGCGAAGAAUGUACCGCCCUGUAAUGUCACUUCUGUAGAGCUGUAUGGGGAAAAUACAUUAGCCCGAAAAACACUAUUAAAAAUGGCAACACACAUUGUACAUGCAUUUUUCAGCAGGGCUGAAAGUCUAUAGGACAAAAAAUGCUAGACAAUGAGGGAUAAAUCACCAGACCAAAAACAUACUAAAAGAAAAAAGAAAAUGACCCGAAAACCACAAGAGUCAAAAUAAAUGGCACUAGAAUUUUUUUUGUGUGUGCGGUGUUUAAUAUUUUAUCAUAGACUUUUAAGUAACAUUUGGGGAAAAAAAGAGGCAACAAAAAAAAAAAAAAAGAGAGUAAACCCCCCCCCCCCAAAAAAAUAAAAUAAACCCUUUGCGUAAAACUAGCCUUAGGGUGAAUUUACACAUAGGUUUUAUUGGUAUUUCUUGCUCAUAUAGUUUUUUGUGCUGUUUGCAAGCAUUUUCUAUGGUGAUCUUUCACUAGUAAAAGAAAAGAACACCGCAGCACUUUUGUGUGUGAAAGACCCCUAAAACUACCCUGUAUGAACACAACCUAAUAUGUCUGGCACUGAAAGGGUAUAUAAACAUGACAUUCGGUAAACUAUCAAGCAGACUAUUGCUUAACUCCAGCACUGUCACACAUCACACCUCCGCACUGUAUUUAUUGAUCGAGGAGCUGACGAAAUUUUACCUAAUACCAGGAAAAACUGGAAUAUGAGGACUUUUUUUUGUGUGUGAUUAGGUUAAGGCCACGUGUGCAGUUACGCAGAUUUUAAAGCCGAAACCAGAAGUGGAUUAAAAAAAUAGGAGAAGUAGUGUCUGACCUUUAUACUUAUAUCCUUUUAUGAUCCACUCUUGAUUCUGGUAUAAAAAACUGCAUAAAAAACAUGCAUAUGUGGCCGUACCCUCCGAUUGUUACCUAUCAUAUUGCUGUAUUAACCAUCUUUAUGUUUAUAUUACUGAGAAACUGCUGUUUGUUUUAAGUUAACUUUUCAAUAAAAUGUCCUCCUGCA